AUGGCUAUAUUUAAAGGGCCAGCUAAUGUCAUUGGUGUUGGGAGAUUCAUUGGUGAGGUGAUAGUGACUGGUUGUGCGACGUUCACUGGUGCAGUAACCGGAGUUGGUAAAUUGGCAGGUGUCGUGAGUGUUAACGGAGAACUCAUUGGGCUGGAGAUGUUAACCAUGCUCGAAACAUUGGCUGGGGUCCUCAUGUUCAUUGCAGCAAUUCAUUCCGCUUUGGGAACCAUUACUUCAGUGCCGAUUAAAGUUCCUCAGGUCAGUUCCUUGCAGAGGUUGGCAGGACAGAAACCAGCAGUGCUACCUCAGGUUAGGCCAAAGACUCUGAUCCCAGACAGCCUCCCAAUUUCUCCAUGCCGAGAUCAACCUUCCAAGCAACCUCCAACGUUUCAGAAGGCAACAGUGGUCAGCAUCAAGAACCCAACUCCUGCCCUCCCCACUGCCAACAAUACCGUUAGCCAUGUACAGACGUCCAGCAACCAAUCGCAAAGUGUCGCAGAGACGGCAGCCCUCUCCUCAUCCCUGAAUAGUGCUGGGGUAGCAUAUGCCAUUAUCUCAACAUCUCCCAAUAAUGCAAUGCCCAUCAACACCAGCGCUGCUGUCUCGGUGGUUAAUGACAGCAUUAAAGUGCAGCCACUUCUCAUCAGUGCUGACAGCAAGGUCAUCAUCAUUCAACCUAAAGUUCCAACUCAGACAGAAAAUAAAGUGGAGAUAAAGAAACCUGCUGAAGAGUCAACUCAGGGACCUGCUACCAAAAAGAAAAAAGAUGAAAAUCCUGAGAAAAUUGCCUUUAUGGUAGCGUUAGGCCUGGUUACGACUGAAUACUUGGAAGAAAUCCAGAGCAAACGGCAGGAAAGAAAAAGAAGAAGUACCGCCAACCCAGCUUACAGUGGACUCUUGGAAACUGAGCGGAAACGCCUUGCAUCAAAUUAUUUGAACAACCCUUUUUUCCUCUCCACAAGAGCCAAUGAGGAUCCAUGUUGGAAGAAUGAGGUCAGCCAUGAGGAAUACUGUUCAGCGUGCAAGCAUGGUGCCAACUUACAACCUUGUGGAACAUGCUGCAGGGCCUAUCACCUCAGCUGCUUGGAUCCUCCCUUGAAGACUGUUCCGAAAGGAGUAUGGGUCUGUCCCAAGUGCCAAGAAAAGGUGUUAAAGAAAGAUGACAAUGUUCCCUGGUCUGGAACUCUGGCUGUGGUGCAAUCAUACGUUACUCAUAAAACAGUCAAAGAAGAAGAGAAAAGGAGGCUAUUAAAGACGAGCAGUGAAUUAAGAGCAGAACACAGACAGCUGGAGGAAAAAGAAUGCUUUCUUAAUAAUGCAAUGAAGAAAUGCCUAGAGCUCAAAAACAGCCUGUUGGCCCAGCAGAAAGGGGUUCAAUCAUCGCUGGAACACCUCAAAACUCUCAUUAGACUGAUACAGAAUGAGCAGAUGCUUCAGGUUACCAUGACAACAACAACCACCUCCUCCUCCUCCCUGCUGACUGUCCCCUGGACCAAAUCAUCUUCUGCCUCGGCUGCCGCUGCUCCCCAACCCUUGCAGUCGACACAGGGCAACAACUGACAGGGGCUCCCAUCCCCUUGCCCCCCCCCCCAUCGGUGGGUUUCCCCCCACACACACAAACAAACACACUUUUCUUCAGAAGAGACCCAACCCAGCCGACAAGAACGCUUUAAGUGCAUGCGGGCCUAACGAGAGAAAAAGAUGCAUCCAGAAAAAUAAAAACCUGGGAUCGCAAGAAAAUGACAUUGGUCUUCUUCCAUGACCUGAAAAGUUGUGCGGGGCAGAAAAUAGUAAUAAUACUCCCACCAUUGAAUCCCCCUUGGCAGCUCAGUGUCAUUAUUUCCUCUCCCCCCCCCCCCCCCCCAUUGCUGGGAAUCUCAGUGCUUACAAUCCUCCCUUCCCUUCAUUUGGUUGAUUUGGCCUUAAUGUAAUUAAUGCAGAAAAAGGAUGCCACAUCUCUGGUCGGUGGAAGACGGGGCAGCCUGGAGAGGCGAAAGGGGCCUGCCUCUGUUUUUGGGGGGCUGCACCUCCUUUGAAGAGGUGCAAAGAAGCUGCCCCUUUGGGAAGAAAAAAAAAAUAGAUUGAAAGGCAAACCAUUAGUGCGCUAGCGCAGAUAGAUAGUUAGAUACAGGCACCGAGAAUGGAAAAUGGUGACUUUUUCUUAUU